UAAUUUUUUAAUAUAAACAAACAAAAAAUAACCUCACUAAUCUACUACACUACAGUACACCAACCCCCACAACUCACUAAUUAAUGUUAAAACCAAUGUGAACCGAAAACAGUGAAGUUAAACCAAGUCCCAAGCUUUUUCACUCUCUCUCUCUCUUUACUCCAAGAUUAGGGUUUAGCUUCCAAAACACAAAAAUGGCAGCUUCCCAACUCCAAAACCCUCUCAAAACCCCAUCUUCUCAGCUCUCGAUCAAAAAACAUAAACCCUGUUUCCUUAAACCCCGGCGUUUAACUGUCUCAGCUGCCCAUCCCCACCUUAACGGCCGAAAACUACGGGUCGCCGUGAUAGGUGGAGGUCCAGCUGGCUCCUCCGCCGCGGAAGCCCUAGCUUCAGGCGGAAUCGAGACGUUUCUCUUCGAACGUAGCCCUUCCACCGCCAAACCCUGCGGCGGCGCUAUCCCUCUCUGCAUGGUCGAUGAAUUCUCCAUCCCUCACCACCUCAUCGACCGCCACGUCACCAAGAUGAAAAUCAUUUCCCCCUCAAAUCUCACCGUCGAUUUCGGAUCCAAAUCCCUUCGCGCCCACGAAUCCAUCCCCAUGCUCCGCCGCGAGGUCCUCGAUGCCUUCCUCCGCAACCGGGCCGAAUCCGCCGGCGCCCAACUAAUCCCUUCGCUCGUCACCCAUCUCGAAAUCCCUUCCUCCUCCUUGUCUCCUUACAUCAUCCACCACACAGUCAACAACUCCCGUAAAACCCUAGCCGUCGAUGUGAUCGUCGGCGCCGACGGAGCCAACAGCAAAGUGGCUAAAUUCAUAAAAGCCGGCAACUACACGUGCGCCAUAGCAUUCCAAGAGCGAAUCAGAUUACCAGACGAGAAAAUGGAGUAUUACCAAAACCUCGCGGAAAUGUACGUGGGAAAUGACGUGUCACCCGAUUUUUACGCGUGGGUAUUCCCCAAAUGCGACCACGUGGCAGUGGGGACUGGGACGGUGUGCGGGAAACAGGAUAUUAAAAUGUACCAGCAAGGGAUCAAACAAAGGGUUAAAAACAAGAUCAAGGGCGGAAAAGUGAUCAAAGUGGAGGCCCACCCAAUCCCGGAACAUCCCCGACCGGUAAGAGUAAGAGGACGCGUGGCACUAGUAGGGGACGCGGCGGGGUAUGUUACAAAGUGCUCAGGUGAAGGCAUUUAUUUUGCGGCCAAAUCGGGGAGGAUGUGUGGGGAAGGAAUAGUAAGAGCAUCGGAGGGUGGAGAAUGGAUGAUAAGUGACGAUGAUUUGAAAAGGGAGUAUUUGAUGGAAUGGGACAAAAAGUAUGUGAGUACAUUUAGGUUCUUGGAUUUGUUGCAAAGGGUGUUUUAUGGGAGUAAUGAAGCAAGGGAAGCAUUGGUUGAAGUUUGUGGGAGUGAGUAUGUGCAAAGGAUGACUUUUGAUAGUUACUUGUAUAAGAAGUUAGCUAAGGGAGAUAGAUGGGAAGAUCUUAAGAUGGUUUUCGCUACUUUUGGGAGUUUGAUGAGAUGUAAGAUUGUUGGUAGAGACAUGGCUGCGUUCAACUUGCAACUUUUUCCAUGAAUAAAUGCAAAUUUUGUUAUCAACUCAAAACAA